ACUACCAUCUUCAACUCUGAGCGAUUACAAGACCCGAGCGGAAGGCAUGAAAACACAAGAGUGUUAGAGAGAAUUAAACCUAACCCUCUGGAAUAACAAUAACAUAUUUAAACAGUUUUAUCUAAAUUUAGUCGCCCGACAGCGCUUGACUUUAUGAAAAUGUUUAUUGCUUCGGAAAACUCUCCUUCUUUCUUUAAAGAGUUCACCCUCGUCAUGCCAGCUGUGGCUGUGGGUAAUGUGGCACAGCUGGCCGUGGACCUCAUCGUGUCAACUCUUAACAUGAAAAGAGUGGGCUACAUCCACACAGACUGUCUCGUCCCCAUGGCUGGGAACAACCCGUACACCACCUGCAAAGAAGAUGCUGAGGAGCUGCACACCCCUGCAGAAGUGUAUUCAGCACCAGAGCUGAAGUUGGCCAUCCUUCAAAUCAGAGCUCCAGUUAUUCCGACAAAAUCCAAAAAGUUUCGUCAACUGAUUGUGUCUUGGAUCAAGUCCAGUGGAUUCUCCAGAACUGUGCUUCUGUCCAGCAGCCACGCAUACCAGAGAGACGACCAACAGCUGCAAGGAACCCCUCUGAGGUACCUGGUCACUCCAUCCCUGCUGAAGGUAAGCGAAGACGUCCUGAAGGAAUUGGGCUGGAGGGAAAUGGAGCGAGUGCCGGUGUUCCCCGGAGUAACGGACACCAACGCUGAGCCUCAUCUCUGCAUUCCUGGAGGAGGAAUCACCAAAGGACUGUUCACAGACAGUUGCUCAGAGGAUCUUCCACUGGCUGUGCUCCUUCUCUUCUGUUCGGAAGGAGACAACAUCCCUGACGCUUUCACCCUCGUCAACCAUCUGAAUGACUGGCUCCACCUGCUGGACAAUCCUAGCCAAGAAGCAAACAAGUGGAAGAUUCCAAACUCCUGGAGACUCCUGUUUGGCAGUAGUGUCCCUUCUGCACUUUUUUAAUUUCUCACAUCUUUUUUGUGUCAUUUAAAACCUACAACUUUUUGGUCAAAACUGCAAAUUUGUAAUUUAAGGCUAAACGCUCAAAUCUGCUUAGUCCUGUGGUUUGUGCAAAAUAAAAUUAUUAACUAAAUACGACUUGGACCAAGAUCUGGCUGAGCCCAUAUUCCAAAACAAAUACUUUAAAAAUAUCAGUAUCAGUUAAUUACAUUCUUUUGGUUUUAUAAAUAAUUGUCAGAGACCUUCAUUGUUUCCGUAGACUGACUGAAUUCCACUGCAGCUGUCGUGAUUCGUUUCUCCAUGCCGAGCACAUGUUUGAUUUAUACACAAUGUUGAAAAGUUACUUUACUUCUGGCCAAACCUCUAACAAAUACAACUAAAAUUACCAGUGAGGUCAAUGUGAAUUACCAAUCUCUAGAAUGUGUUUAUAUUGACAAGAAGUGUACCAACAUUUCUGAAAAUGUAAAACUGUAAAUCACACAAAUCUUAAAAAAAAAAAAUUACAUUUAUAUUCUGUACACGCACUUGUGGAACCAUGCUGCUGAAUUUUGCAGGUUUUUAGUUUUUUUCAAAUAAAAAAAAAAACCCAAACAGCAGGUCUGGACAUAUGUGAAAACACUGACUUUGUUUGUGUUUCUCUCCGUCGAUCUCCACCUACUUGACUGUAAGUGACUGGACAAAUGCCAGCGUUCAUUCCCGGCAGCUCCACCUCCAGCAUAAUUUGAUUUGUGCCUGCAACACGUUCUAACAUUUGACAUAGAGGUUAGACAAGUAGAAGAAGAAGAAGAAGAAGACAGCUGCUGCAGUCAGACUUUGACCUGGUGGAGCUGGCCAGCUCUAGGGUUUCCUGUUUCUUUUGUGUGCCGGUGUGAGAGUGAGUGUUUGUUUUGCCUGGUUAUGGUAAAGGAAAUGUUCGGACAGCACUAGAGGGAAGCCGCAAAAAGAAACGACUACACCGUGGGACUGAAAAUAUGGAGACAUAUUUAUACUGUCCCAAUCAACGUAUUAAUGCUUAACAUUUAAUGCACAAGAUAUUUACACAAACCUGACUUCUCUACUUUUAUCAAUUACCUUAAAUAUUUAUGGUUGAGUUUAAUUUGAUUUAUAAAAAAAAUCUAAUCAUGUGACAAUUUGACAGCAAGUUAUCUUUUUCAAAGCAGUAAAAAAAGUGAUUUUGUUAUUUCAUAGUACAGUAUUUGAAUUUUGCCUAUACUUAAAUUACUACUAAAAAAUAGCUGUCUUUUUGUUAUCUUUGGGAAAACUUUUCUGAUUCACAUUAGGCUUUUAUCUAUUUUCACAAUGUCUACUAAAUGUCCUUACAAGAUGCUGGAAAUUGGACCUUAAAAAAAAAAGAUUCUAUGGUCGAAAUCCCCCUGGUACGUUAAAAAUGAUGAAAAA